AUGUCAAGCAUUAUAUUUUGAUGGUUAUGUUACGAGCAAAUAUUCUUCCACUAAGCAUACUUUCGGUUAGUUGAGAUUCAUUUUCUGUGAAGCAACGCUAACUCCUUUUUUCCUCACACUUUUUUGCUGUUUCUGUGUCCUCACACUCAUCAUACAUCAAUAACAACAAUUACGCUACUUUCUCUUUUCUGCUUUCAGAGCUUCUUCUAGAAACAUUGCAAUGGCAACUUGUAUACCUGCUGGAAGGGGCACAUUGCAUUACAGAGUGACAGACUACAAAGGACGAAGCCGUAGAAGAACUGCAUGGGUUUCUGAUAUGCCUAUCAAGAGAUGCUUACAAAAAGAUCUUUCAUGGUCUAAAGCGGUAUCCAAUUCCAAGGUACUGCAGAUACACAGAUGUGAGUUUUCUGAACCUCAGCUUUGUAAGAAUCGGAAACUCUUCAAAGUCAUUUCCUCGUGCAUAAAAGACAGUCAUACAAAAUACUUUGACUUUUCCGUCAUUGGGAGUGGAAUUGCUGGCCUCGGAUAUGCGCUCGAAGUUGCAAGAUAUGGAACUGUUGCAGUCAUAACAAAGGCCGAGCCUCAUGAAUGCAACACAAAUUAUGCUCAAGGCGGUGUAAGUUCUGUGCUAUGCCCUUCAGAUUCCGUGGAGAGUCACAUGAAGGAUACCAUUGUAGCUGGUGCCUAUCUUUGUGACGAGGAGAGUGUUCGAGUUGUGUGUACCGAAGGACCAGAGAGAGUGAGGGAACUAAUUGCUAUGGGCGCAUCGUUUGAUCACGGGGAAGACGGUAACUUGCAUCUAAUGAGGGAGGGCGGUCAUUCACAUAAUAGAAUUGUUCAUGCUGCUGAUAUGACUGGAAAAGAGAUUGAACGCGCUCUAUUGAAGGAAGUUACCAGCAAUCCUAAUAUUUUUGUGUUUGAACACCAUUUUGCUAUAGAUCUUCUCACUUGUCAGAAUGGAUCUGAUAUAACUUGUCUCGGUGUUGACACACUGAAUACUGAAACCUUAGAGGUGGUAAGAUUUCUUUCAAAGGCGACUUUACUUGCGUCAGGGGGAGCUGGACAUAUUUAUCCUAAAACUACAAAUCCAUUGGUAGCCACCGGUGAUGGAAUUGCAAUGGCACACCGAGCUCAAGCUGUGAUUUCCAACAUGGAGUUUGUACAGUUCCAUCCGACCGCUUUAGCCGAUGAAGGGCUUCCUAUGCAACCAACCAAGCCUAGGGAUAAUGCAUUUCUGAUAUCUGAAGCCGUAAGGGGUGAUGGUGGCAUCCUUUAUAAUUUAGCCAUGGAAAGGUUUAUGCCUUUGUAUGAUGAAAGGGCGGAGCUUGCUCCAAGGGAUGUAGUCGCAAGAAGUAUAGACGACCAACUUAAAAAGCGUGACGAAAAGUACGUGCUCCUUGAUAUCAGCCAUAAGCCGAAGAACCAAAUUCUCUCACACUUUCCAAACAUUGCUUCAACGUGUCUUCAAUAUGGUUUGGACAUAACACGUCAUCCGAUCCCCGUUGUUCCAGCCGCUCAUUACAUGUGUGGAGGAGUUCAUGCCGGGCUCCUAGGAGAGACGAACGUGAAAGGUCUGUAUGUAGCUGGUGAGGUAGCGUGCACAGGUUUGCAUGGAGCAAAUAGACUUGCUAGCAACUCAUUGCUCGAAGCACUAGUUUUCGCGCGAAGAGCUGUUCAACCGUCUGUCGAUCAAAUGAAAAGCUCUAGCCUCGACCUGACUGCAUCAAAUUUAUGGCCAAGACCUAUUGUGCCGUUUUCACUUGGAAGUAACGCGAAAGACAAAAUUUUAUCAGUGACCGAUGAACUGAGGAAAGAACUACAAUCUGUCAUGUUUUACUACGUAGGAAUAGUGAGGUCAACAAUGUGGUUAGAGACAGCGGAGAGAAAAAUCGGUAGUCUUGAGGCGAAAUGGGAGGAGUACUUGUUUAGGCAUGGAUGGAAACCAACAAUGGUGUUCCCCGAGAUUUGUGAAAUGAGAAACCUCUUCUGUUGUGCUAAGUUGGUGGUUAGCAGUGCACUCUCAAGGCACGAGAGCCGCGGAUUGCAUUACACCAUUGAUUUUCCGAAUCUCGAGGAAAGUGAGAGACUUCCAACAAUCAUUUUUCCAAGUUCACCUUUGAACAGUACACGAAGUUGUUCUAGGCUAUUACAGAAGCAACCUAUGUAUCAAUAAAGCAUCAAUUUCUAUCAUUAUAUAUAUGAAUAGGUAACUUUAAUUGAAGUUCAGCAAAAUAAAUACCAAAAGAGAAGGAAAUAAUCACUAGCUAGAAUUUGCUAUUCAGAAUGUCUUUCCUCUCUCUUAUAGUUGUUAACUCAGUGAUAAGACUUUGACAUUGUAACCUCUAAGGACAGAGUUCAAAUAUAGUUAGAUAUAUAGGUGAUUUGGGUCACUCUACCUUCUAUACUUUUAUGUAUUGGCACUUAUGUAUGCAGCAACUCUCUAAUAUUGUUAGAAUAUAACUCUGAAGUAGAGAUGUUUCUUGCACAUUUUUUCCUUUAUUAAUGGUAAAAUCUACAUUGAGAUAA